GGCAACAAAUUGCAAAACAACUCCUUACCAAGUUGACGUCACAUCCCUUCCAGGUGGAGUCUGAUCCUCAGAACGCCACGUACGUGGAUUUAUUUCGCCUCUCAACCAACCCUGCUGUGAAAUCACGCCCAUUCCCAGAUCGACAAUCAGGAUUAACCUAUGGGGAUUUGCUACAAACAGAGAUUGCGAGGCAGGGGCAGCAACGAGCCAAUGACAACCAGAAGAGGCAGGGCACGUAGGCGCCGCUGCUCGGUUAGGUUGUGAUCUUUGACAAAUGGGGCUGCACUCUGCUCUCUGGACUUAGUGGGUGCUCGUUCCCGGGGAGGGUCGCAGGGCUGAUUAGUGUAUAAGUGUUGUGUGUUAUUGGAGGACUGAUAUCUAACUUUACCAAUCGAAGAGGGACUUUGUUAUCAGAAAUCGCGUUUGAAAACGGAAGGUACCCAAAUAUCAGGAUGUAUUGGAAGUAUGUAUCAACGUCAGACUGUUGGCUGCUGUUCUGUCUCGUUGUUGCUGAAAGCGUACCAAUCGAUAAAAUCAAGGUGACCAAAAUUGAAGAGCCAGAAGUGCAGACGACACCUGAACCUCAAGACACUGGGUUAUAUUAUAAUCGUUACCUUAGAGAAGUAAUUGACGUUUUAGAAACUGAUAAACACUUCCGUGAAAAGCUCCAGACAGCAGAUAUAGAAGACAUUAAGAGCGGUAAAAUGGCAAAGGAACUAAACUUAGUAAGUCAUCUUGUGAGAACUAAAUUGGAUGAAUUGAAAAGACAGGAGGUGUCCCGGCUACGAAUGCUGAUUAAAGCCAAAAUAGAUGCACAGCAAGAUGCAAGAAUAGACCAUCACGCUCUACUGAAGCAAUUUGAGCACCUCAAUCACCAAAACCCUCAUAGCUUUGAGCCUGAGGAUCUGGAAUUAUUGAUUAAAACUGCCACCAAUGAUCUGGAAAACUAUGACCGAGAGCGACAUGAAGAAUUUAAACAAUAUGAGAUGUUGAAAGAACAUGAAAGGCGGGAGUAUUUGAAAACGCUGGAUGAAGAGAAGAGGAAGGAGGAAGAGGAACGAUAUGAAGAAAUGAGAAAGAAACACAUGGAUCACCCAAAAAUUAAUCAUCCAGGAAGCAAGGAUCAAUUGAAAGAAGUUUGGGAGGAAACUGAUGGCCUUGAUCCUGAUGACUUUGAACCAAAGACAUUCUUCAAGCUGCAUGAUACCAAUGGUGAUGGAUUCUUGGAUGAGCAGGAGAUGGAAGCAUUAUUUACUAAAGAGCUGGAGAAGAUUUAUGAUCCUAACAAUGCAGAAGAUGAUAUGGUGGAGAUGGAGGAAGAACGAUUGAGGAUGAGAGAACAUGUUAUGACAGAGAUUGAUACAAACAAGGAUCGGUUGAUAUCAGCUCAAGAAUUUUUAAGGGCUUCAGAAAAGAAGGAAUUUGCAGAAACAGACCCUUGGGAGACUCUAGAUGAACAGGAGAUCUAUUCAGAAGAUGAGCUGCAAGAGUUUGAGAGGCGACUGACUAAGCAGGAGAAUGAACUGAGGAUGAAAUCAGAUGAUCUACUAAAGCAGCGGGAAGAGUUGCAGCUUCAACAAGAUCAGCUCCAUGCUGAGAAAUUGGAAUUCCAUCAGGCUGUACAGCAACUGGAACAGAAGAGACAAGCACAACAAGCUCCUCCUCCAGAAGGACCAAAUGGGGAACUUCAGUUUCAUCCUGGUAUGGAACAGCCUGCUCCUCCAGGCCAUGACCAAUUGCAAGACCCAAACCAGCCACCUGCAGUUGGACAGGAUCAGCCUCAUCAGUAACCUUCUUGCCUCCAGUAUUUGUGCUAAUACAGGCGUUCUUGGUUUCUUUUUGGGUCCAAAUGAUCACUAAUCUAAUCCAAUAUUUUUUGCCACUGUUUAGUCAUGUUAAUUUCAUGCUGUGUGAAGACCACUGUUUUGCAAGCAUUUUGUUCAAGGUGGUUACUGAAAACUCUUGUGCAGGUACUUUUCAGAGAAAGGUGGUUUACUUCUGUUGAUAUUUGAACAGUCUUGAACUGAAUUUCACAAACACCCUGACUAGUGUCUGACAAUAACUUUGCAAAUUGAAACUAUAAUAGAAUUUAACUCCAUUUAGUUGUGAGCAGCUGUAAGAAUGUUUUCAUUUUGUUAUACAUGUAUUUCUUUUGUUGGGAGAAUGGGAUGGUUCUGUGGGACAGAAUUAAAGUUUGUUUAUGGUAUUUCAUUGUAGAAUAUAAAUGAGAAAUUUGGAACAGUAAUGUGGGGUUCGCAGUAGGAGAAAUGUUCGUCUUAUAUGUAAGGAAUUGGGUUAAAGAUUUGGGAUAGCAGACACGUUAUUAGCUCUGUCCUACUAUCUCUACUGUGCAGUGGCCGUUGCAUCUUUCCAGCUACAAUUCUUCUCUCUGAGGAUCUCCAGUAUUUUAUCCAUACAGGCCAAAGCUAAUGUGUUAAUUAUCAAAUUUGCUGCUAUCAAGGUCAACAAUGAGUACUGUGGAAUCCUUGCACAUGGAUCGUUAACAUUUUGUUGGGGGAUUGCUUUGGCCAAAACAAAAAGCAGGGAUAUUUAAGUGCAUGUACUCUUCCACUGUGUUUUAAAGACUUUACCAUUUGUUACAUUGAUGGAUUUUGGAGGAUUACUAGGAGUAAUGUUUAAAAUUAUAUUCCAAUAGCUGAAGACUUCAGCAUUUCUUUUUAACCGCCACUCUUGUUAAAGUCCACCAAUACCAUCAAUACUCUGUCAUUCUAAUGAGAUCUGUAAAACAUAAUCUGAGACCAUGUUCUGUCCAUGUCAUUGAUAAUUCACUAACAAUCCAAACAUUCUAACAGACUUGUAUGAAUUACCAAAUAGCAGUUCCAGAUUCAGGAGCUGCCACCACAUUAAUUUUCUAAAAUGCCAUAUUUUAAAAUGAUUUGUCAUUAGUCACAAAGCAUUGAGUUAUACUAAAUGCUCAAUGAUGAAUAUAGAUGUUUUAAUGUUGGAUUGCCUAUGUGUAUGAAUUUGAAGCAAUUUUAAAUUCUGACAGUUCAGACCUGUUAAAAGACACCAUUAUUCAUUUGCCAAUAGUAAAUUAUAAUUGCAGAUAAGAUUUAAAUGUUUUCUCAAAUCUUAAUAUAUGGUUCUUUUAAAAGCCAUAUUAGUACAUAAAUUCUAAAAUGUAUUCGGGAAUUUUGAAUUAAGAAUCAUCCAAUCAUUCUCUGAUUCCACUUUUUUUUUAUAAUUUAAUACACAUACAAUGGUCACUCUGUGUAUGGUAAUACUGGUUCAUCUGUAUUCUGGCAAAGCCUAUGGUAUUUGUAGGAAUCAAUGACAAUUCCAACCCUGAACAGCUUGGUUUCCUAAAUACUUUUCUGCCAUUGUAAAGUAUACAAACAUUAAGCACCAUGUGUUUCUUGCAUUUUAUUGUAUGAAUACUUUUGACUGGAUAAUGCUGAAGGCAUUAAGCAUUAGAGACUGAUUUGUUUUUUAUUAUUUUAAGAUUUGCAGCCUUCUCGAAUUCAAGAAGCUGACAACAUUUUCAUUGUCAGAUGAUUGUUGAAUUAAUGAACUUAUUGUUCAGUUUGAAGUUGUACAGUAAUGUGGUGCAUUGAAUUACAAGUGCACUUUACCUUAAUCUGGAGAGCAUGGAUUUGCACAUAAUUCCUCUUAAACAUGCUGAUUUAGCUGUGCUAAUCUGAGGUGAUAAUAAAUGAAGUCCAGGUUUUACGACGGGGAGAAAUUAGAGUGAAGCUUCUCUUGGCAUACUGGUCAGAUAUUAGCAGAAGCCUGGAGGCUCAUUUUCCUCAGCAGCAUUGCUAUACAGUAGCCAAGAAAAAUAUUUUUAUAUUUCAAAAUUACUAAUACUAUUUGUUAUCAAACCAUCUUGCAUGGUUAGAACUAAUUGCUGAAACACCUAAAAAGCUAGGAGCAUUGUGGGUGAGAAUUUGUAAGUCCUAUUGAGACCAGAGGAAUCCAUGUAUUUUACAUAAAGGAAGAUUGAAUUCAGUGUUUAGCACACGUCUAUUGAAUUAUUAAAAUAAGAUCCACACCACAAAGCUGUACUUACCAUAACACAAACUGACACUGUUUCUUACCUCAUUGAUAUUAGAAAUACAAAAUGCCUUUACAGAUAGAUCCAGGGGUCCUCUUGAGUGUCUUUGUGUGAAUACAUAUAUUUGCAGCAUGUUGUGGGAGGGGGGUUGUUAGCUUUUUUUUUUGCAUUGAUGUUGCACCUAAUCUGGAAUGCUUAAAAGUAGAAUGUUAAAGCUAGAACUGUGUUAACUAUCCUGGUACCACAUCUUCAACCUUAGUGAACAUGAAAUUCAUUUAAAUUAAAAGGAAGAAAGUUGUGACCUGGGAUAGAAGUGAAUGCAUUGUAUUGCAUAUUUGUUGACUUUAAGUGCAAUGUUUCAUUAUUUGCUUCUUUACCCCAUUCUGCCUUUCUAAAGAAAACUCUACCACAAACGUAUGUACAAGUAUUCCACUGAAAUUCAAAUUAAAUUCAUUGUCUUAGCCAUGAAGAGAAUAGUGCUGUGAACAGAUUUUAAAAUAUACCAUUGUUUUGUUUUUAGUUGAAAUAUUGUACUAUUUUCCUUGCAGUGUAAUUUUUGUUGAUGAAAAGAUUUUGGUUCUCUGAAUUUCUGCAAGUUGGUUUAUAAAAGAGACAUUUGAACAUAAAGCAGAAUAUUUAACUUACUGUUGUACUUCCAUUUUGUUUAUGUGAAUUAAGAGAGAACCCCUUCAGUAAAUGUUGCUC